GCCUAUUAGGAUUCAGGACCUAAGAUUGCAAAAUGGCAUUGAAUAAUAGAUUACUUAUCUACAUUGUAGAAAUUGUAUUCUUUUUACUUAUCUCCUGCUCUGCUGACGACAACUGUGAAACGGUUCCAUCUGAAAUUCACGUUACUAAAGAGGAAUACGACGAUUUGGGGCGAUUAGUACGGUCAUGUAGCGGUGAAGUCAGUGUCAUCAAAUGUGAAGGAAUGUGCAACAGUCAAGUUCAACCAUCCGUUGUAACUUCUACAGGAUUUUUGAAGGAAUGUUUCUGUUGUCGAGAAAACUACUUACGUGAACGUAUAGUAACACUCACUCAUUGCUACGACCCGGAUGGUGUACGAUUAGAAGAUGAAGAUAAUGCUAUCAUGGAAAUAAAACUUAAGGAACCACACGAGUGCAAAUGUUAUAAAUGUGGUGACUUUAGCCGAUAGUACUGGAUGAAUAUUACCAACAAGUGUUAGGUAAUUACAUGUAUAAUACACUACACUUUCGACUGUAAAGAUAUAACCGUUACAAAACUGCAUGUCGUUGAUGAGCUUAGGUACAAUGGCAAUUAAGUAGAAAAAAAGUAAAAUAUAGAUAUUGUUUAUUGUGAACCUAACUGGUCAGGGUCUUGCAAAAUAUUAUAAAUAUACUACGUGAACAAAAGCAUUUGUUAUUAUUCAGAUAAGUACCUAUGUAGGAAAUGUAACUAUUUUUCCGGAUUUAAAUCGCGUAUAUUUGAUUUUUGAAACUAACCGACGUUUC